AUGAAUCCAUAUUUAAAAUUUGGCACUAAAACAGCUUAUGAAUUUGUUUAUGAAAGACCCAGAUUAAGAGAUCAAAAAAUAUUAGAUUGUGAACCAGUUCAAAUAUGGAUGCUUGCAAGACAUGGUACCAGAUAUCCUGGGAGAAAAAGCAUUCGGGAAUUAUCACAAUUGCAACAUUUAAAAGUUGAAAUUAUACGAAAUCAUGAAGAACUUAAAAAUGGAAGAUUGUGUUACGCGGAUAUCAACACGUUAAAAAGUUGGUCGUUCAAUGUUAAAAUGUCGGAUGCUAAUUUAUUAACCAAACAAGGAUAUUCUGAUUUGUAUUUUCUGGCAAAAAGAUUAAAGACUAAAUAUCAAUCUUUUUUUCAAAAAGGAUACAGUCCAAAUCUUUUUCGGUUUAGGCACACGGAUUCUGAAAGGACUAGGCAAAGCGCACAAGCUUUUGCCGAAGGGUUAUUUGAACCUAAUCAAGGUGUCUGGAUACCACCUGCCGUUGUAAACGAUACCAUCAUAAAACCUUAUGAAAAUUGCACGCAUUGGAUUAAACAAGUUAAAGAUAAUCCGAUGAAUCAAAAAGAAACGGAAUUGUUUAAAUUAACCGAAGAUAUGCAAACUUUGGUACAUAACGUUAGUUCGAGAUUAGGAUUUUUAUACGAUUUAUCCGUUGACACAAUUGAAACAAUCUAUGAUAUGUGCAGGUUUGAUAAAUCAUGGAAUUUAAAUGAUCGUUCACCAUGGUGUGCUGCUUUUACAAGAAGCGAAUUGCGUACUUUGGAAUAUUUGGAAGAUAUACAAGCUUAUUACGAUUCAGGAUAUGGAGACGAUUUGAAUUUACGUUUGGGAUGCACAACUGUAAAAGAUAUGCUUGAAGGAUUCAGGCAUUUCCCGGAUCAAGAACCCAUGGGUAAAUUUUAUUUUUCCCACGCUUCUGUUCUUUUAAUGACAUUGGCAAGAUUGGGUAUCGCAAAUCACGGUAUCCCUCUACGACACGAUAAUUUUCAAGAGCAAAAAAAUCGAGAUUGGAAAACGUCUGAACUGAGUCCAUUUGCUGCUAACCUGAUAGCAGUCUUUUACAAGCAAGUUUUAGAAUUAUGCUUCGAUACCUUCAUGUUUUUCGUUAACGAAAGAAGAAUCGAUUAUGAAGGAUGCGACGUAGGUUUAUGUUCCUGGUCGUACAUAAGAGACAAAUUCGAUGAUGUAUUCGAAUCUUGCAAUUUGGAAUGGUGUAAAAGUCGAGGAGGUUCUUUUAUUUAUUUUCAAAAUUCCAUAUUUUAUUGGAUUUUGUGUCAGAUUAUUAUUUUGGUAUUUAAAUCAUCUGUAAAAAUUUUUAAUAGUUAA